UUUAAAAAGUAUUAAAGCUUCACCCAAAAAUUCACAUUCUCAACAGUGCCAUGUAAAUUGGCUUAAAGCUUCACCCAAAAGUUCACUAUCUCAACGGUGCCCAAUAAAUUGGCACACGGAGGGAGGGAGUAAUAGAGAGGAGGAACCAUUCGGAAGUGUGGAAUAUUCAGACAGUACCUUGUACUAUAAUACUGUAAUAAUCAUAAUUAUAAUAAUGGAAGAAGUGAAAAAGGAUGAUUUUCCGAGUGAGAUAAAGAAACUACAACAAAGAGUUGACGGUGAUCCUAUCGCGCAGAACAUGUUAUCGCUUCUCGAGACCUCGAAGGUACUUGACAGAAAAGAAUCUGAUCUCCAAUCUAGGUGCAUCUUAGAACAUGCUAAAUUGCAAACUAAGGUUGAUGAGUUUGAGGAGCUAUUGCAAAGAGGCAAAGAGGGGAAGCUCUCUGAAAGUUUGGAUCAGACUUUUUGGGACUCCACUGAGAAGCUUGAUUCUGCAAAGAGGGAACUUGCAGCUAAUUUGAGGUCAACUCUGUCAUUUAAACGGCAUCUUGAUGAUCUGCCAUCACAAGCUGAACUCAUUCAGUAUGAACUCCGUUUUUCAGAACUUUAUACUCAUAUCCAGGCCAAGGAUCGUCAAACCCGUAAUUACUAUGCUACUUACAACACAUUGUUGGAGAUAAAAGAAUUGAUGCUAAAGGAAACAUCGUUACUGAACUCCAUAUGCUCACAGUUCAAAGAUGCCCUUACUAGCCCUGCUGGUCGGAAGAAAUUAAUUGAUUCCAUGGAAGGAAUUCUGCUCGGGACUCAACGGGUAUCCAUACUCAUUCUUGAAAUGCAUCUCUACUAAUAUACAAAGGAGAGUGAAGCAGUUCUUGGUUGCCCUGCUUGGAGUAAAUUUGGAAUUUAAUUAGUAUAAUUUGGAAUUUAAUUAGUAUUAUUAAAUGAAGCAAAAAAUUUACACAUGGAAAGAUGCAAAUUGCGCUUGAAAAGCUGGAUGUUCAGGUGACGAAACUGUCAUGUCCUUUAGUCUUACAUCUUAUAUUCAGAUAUAUAUUAACAUCUGAAAUAA